AUGUUAGUUUUUAGUUUAUUGGCUGCCGUAUCUUUGAUUGCAUUAUCAUUCCAGAAGCAAUUGCCACCCAGAGAUUAUGAAAAUAACAACUAUUUUCUUGUAGAAUUAGAUACAACCACCAGUCAGAAGCCAUUGAUUGAAUUCAUUGAGAAAUACAAGCUGCACUAUACGUUUGACCAUCAGUUGCCAUUAGAUAAUUAUUAUGUGUUCAAGAUUAACAAGUCGCAUCCUCAUAAUACAUUCCUUGGAAACUUGAAUUCAGAGCACUCUACAGAAGAUGUUCAACCAUUGAUGAAGCGCGAUGUUGGGUUUGAAGAUGUAUAUGACGAUUUUAUGAGCAAUGAUGCGUUGAAAUCGAUUCAUUUACUUCCCCCCAAGAGAUUAGUUAAAAGGGAAUCUGUUCCCGUCGAUACGCACGACAUAGAAUCUAGCAGUGAAGCUAAAAACAGACCACAGAUCGAGUUGGUUAAACAGAAACUAGAAGAGGUCACAAAACGGCUAGAAAUCAAAGACCCGAUGUUUGAAAGACAAUGGCACUUGAUUAACACUUUCCAUCCUGGAAAUGACAUCAAUGUUGCUGAUAUAUGGUUAGAAGGUAAAUUCGGAAAAGGAGUAGUUAUUGCUGUGGUUGACGAUGGACUCGACAUUACAAGUGAUGAUUUACAUGAUAACUUCAAUUCCGAAGGAUCUUGGGACUUUAAUGAUAAUAGUGACUUACCACUUCCUCGCCACCCAGACGAUUAUCAUGGAACUAGAUGUGCUGGUGAAGUGGCAGCUGUCAAAAAUGACUUUUGUGGCCUUGGCGUUGCUUUUAAAUCCCAGGUUAGUGGAAUUAGAAUUCUUUCAGGCAGGUUAACCAAUGCCGAUGAAGCAUCUGCAAUGGUAUAUGGAUUGGAUACAAACGAUAUUUAUUCCUGUUCUUGGGGUCCUAUCGACGAUGGGAAAACUCUUUCUGAACCUCACCCAGUUGUUAAAAAGGCAAUGUUGAAAGGUAUCAUUGAAGGGCGUGAUUCUAAAGGAGCAUUAUAUGUGUUUGCUCUGGGUAAUGGGGGUAGAUAUGGUGAUUCAUGUAAUUUUGAUGGGUAUGCAAAUUCAAUAUAUACAAUUACGGUAGGAGCUAUUGAUUUUCAAGACCAAUACGCGCCAUAUUCGGAAACAUGUUCAGCUCUCAUGGUGGUUACAUAUUCUUCGGGAUCAGGUGAGCACAUCCACACUACCGAUCUUAAUAAGAAAUGUACAGAAGCAGACCAUGGAGGAACUUCAGCGGCAGCACCAUUAGCCAGCGGAAUUUAUGCCCUUGCUCUUUCUGUGAAUCCCGAACUCACCUGGCGUGAUAUUCAAUAUAUAAACGUGUUGUCUGCUGUUCCCGUAAAUGAAGAUGAUGGAAUCUAUCAAAUUACAUCUAUAGGAAGAAAGUAUUCUCAUCAAUAUGGGUAUGGAAAAUUGGAUGCUACUAAAUUGGUGCAUUUAGCAGAAACCUGGAAAAAUGUGAAACCUCAAGCAUGGUACUAUUCUGACGUAAUAGAAGUUCAGAAAGCCGUCACAUCCCUCAAUGAAGUUAUAAAAUCUAGCGUGGUAGUAACAGAGGAAGAUUUGAAGUUGAUGAAUGUUGCACGAGUGGAACACAUCACUGUUAAGACUAAUAUCAGAGCUACUUACAGAGGAAAAGUUGGAAUGAAGUUAACCUCACCACACGGUGUGGUUAGUUAUUUGGCAACAUAUAGACCACUAGAUGCAUCAAUGUCUGGAUUUCUUGAUUGGCAGUUCAUGUCGGUAGCUCAUUGGGGUGAAUCUGGCGUAGGUGAAUGGAAAGUAGAAGUGUAUGGUGAGACUUCUAUCACUUUUGUUGAUUGGCAAUUGCGGAUUUUUGGUGAAAGUAUUGAUGCUAGCAAAGCUACCAAAUUUGAUUUAAAAGCUGAUUAUGCUGAGAUGCGAAGGAAAUUGAAGAACGAACAGGUUUCUGCUAUGUCAGAAACACCAUCCUCGGUUUUGUCACUGACACUAAAAAGCUCAACUCUGACAAUGUCGCAAUCAGUAUCCCCAACUUCUACCUCAACAUCCAUGCCUGUAACAGCACCAAAAUAUCAUUCCUCUUCAGCAUCAAUGAUAUCAACAACCUCAACAUUUUCAAAAUUACCAAUAACAAUACUAUCAAAAUCUUCAAUAUUUCCAACAUCGACAAGACUGGCUAACUCUUCAAGGCUGUCAAUAUCUUCAAGGUUUUCGACAUUAUCGGUAUUAUCAUCGUUAUCAGUUUCAUCAACACUAAUAUUAUCAUCAGCAAUAUCAGCGCCAUCAGCAUCAUCAGUAUUAUCGUCCUCGUCUUCUGUGUUAUCGUCGAUAUCUUUCUCAUUUGCCGCGUUCUUCAUCAUCUUCAUUUUAAUUAGUUGA